AUGUCUUCUAUUCAAGAAUCCACUUCUAAAGUUAUUGCUCGUACAAAAACAGAUUGGAAUAUUCCCGCCUCGAUUGUAUCCCGGCGUACAAUAAAUCCUAUUCGAGAUGUAGUUUUUAAAAUGAAAGUUACUCCUAAUCCUGAAAAAGAGGAAAUUUCAUUGGCAUUGGGUGAUCCCACGCUUUAUGGCAAUCUUAAUGUGGCCGAGAAUUGUAUUGAUGCAGUGAUAACACAAUUGAAAUCACAUAAAGCAAAUGGAUAUUUACCAGCAGUUGGAGCUGAGAGUGCGAGAAUUGCUCUUGCAAAAAAGUUUUCAACAAAGGAAGCACCUUUAACCCCAAGGGAUAUCGUUGUAGCAAGCGGAGCUUCGGAUGCGUUAGGUCUUGCAAUUGGUGCGUUAUGCAAUGAAGGACAAAAUAUCCUUCUUCCAAGACCCGGGUUUUCACUGUAUCAAACUAUUUCAGAAUCAAAAGGAAUUGAAUGUCGUUAUUAUAAUUUAUUGCCUGAUCGUAAUUGGGAAAUUGAUUUAGAUCAUUUAGCGUCUUUAAUUGAUGAUAAUACAGCUUGUUUACUUAUAAACAACCCGUCCAAUCCAUGUGGAUCAAAUUUUACUCGUCAACAUUUAGAAUGUAUAUUAACGUUAUGUGAAAUUUAUAAACUUCCAGUAAUAAGUGACGAAAUUUAUGAAGAUAUGGUAUUUGGAGAUAAUAUUUUUUAUCCCUUAGCAAAUUUAUCCGAGACAGUUCCGAUCUUAAAAAUUAGUGGAUUAGCAAAAAGAUAUUUGGUUCCAGGGUGGAGAGUUGGAUGGAUUUUUAUACAUGAUCGUAAUAAUUUAUUAAAUGAAAUACGUGAUGGUUUAGCUUCUUUAUCAAAUUUGAUUCUUGGAGCUAAUUCUUUAAUUCAAAGCGCUAUACCUGAUAUUAUAAUGAACACUCCCCAAUCAUUUUAUGAUGCGACCAAUAGAUUUUUAGAAGAAAAUGCAAAAUUAAGUGCCAGUUUCUUGAAGAAAAUAUCUGGUUUACACGUUAUUUCACCCCAAGGUGCUAUGUACAUGAUGAUUGGAAUUAAUGUGGGAGAGUUUAAAGAUAUAAAAAAUGAUGUGGAAUUCAGUGAAAAAUUGGUACAAGAAGAGUCCGUUUUAUGUUUACCAGGAAAGAGUUUUCACUAUCCUAAUUAUGUUCGAAUUGUAAUUACAGCUCCUGUUGAGAAAUUAAAAGAAGCUUAUCAACGAAUUAAUGAAUUUUGUGUCAGGCAUCAUGUUUAA